GAGUAUGGUCAUAAUCGCAAUACGGGCCACCGCAUAACAAAGCCAAACAACCGGAAGACGCGUCAGUUCGAAAGUCAGAAACCGACCAGUCCAUAUUUGAGGUCGUACUGCGAUUCCAUAAUGUCAGAAGCAAAAAGACAAGAGAGAGAUUUUACAGCAGAGGUUGAUACAUUACUUCCGCAAUCUGUUAUCCUGGCACAGUCCGGUAAACUAGAGGAGGCUCUCGACAAACUUUUUCUGCUAGAGAAACAGACAAGAAAUGCGGCGGACUUGACAUCAACGAUGCGACUGGCUAAUACAAUAGUGCAACAAUGCUAUGAGGCUCGAGAUUACUCUCAGCUGAACGCAAGCAUCAGCCUGUUAAGCAAGAAGCAUGGUCAGCUCAAAGGCGUUGUGCAAUCAAUAGUAGAAAUUGCAAUGGGAUGGCUUAUUGACAUCAAGGAGCGAGAGGGCACUGAGAGGUGGCUUAAGCUCGUAGAAAUUCUUCGAGCAGUCACAGAAGGCAAGAUAUUUCUGGAAACACACCGUGCACGAAUAACCCUCCUGCUUUCAUAUCACCAUGAAUAUCUCUCGAAGAGUUCCACCCCCACUGCACCGUCCGCGGUGCAAUCGUUACAGAUCGCGUCAGAUUUACUUAAUGAUCUGCAAGUCGAAACAUACUCUUCGAUGGAACGAAGAGAGAAGACAGAAUUCAUCCUGGAGCAAAUGCGGCUGUUGAUAGCUGUAGCGCGGAUUUUGGAUUCGAAAUUUGAAAAAGGCGGAAAGGACUCGCUUAGCAGUGGUGAACCGCUGUGGGUCAAAGUUCGUGUGGGAGGACGAAAGGUCAACGAAGACUUUCUGAAAGAAGGAGCAAAUGAGGAUCUCAAGCUCAAGUUUUAUGACCUCAUGAUUCAGCAUGCUCUACAUCAAUGUGCAUAUAUAGAUGCAGCAAAAUAUUAUUAUAAAAUAUGGGAGACACCCUCAAUCAAGGUGGAUGCAAACGGUAAAGGGCGAUCGGCUCUUGAGCAUAUAGUCUACUACGUAGUUCUUUCACCGCAUAACAAUGAGCAAUCUGAUAUAUUGCAUCAUUUAUAUAACGACCCGGCUCUUUCGAAGCUGGAACUGCAUUAUAACCUGGUGAAGUGUUUUGUGACACGUGAACUCAUGCGAUGGCCGGGAAUUGAAGCUCUAUAUGGUCCAUUUUUACGGACUACGUCUAUUUUCUCAGAGGCCAAGCAAUGGGAAGAUUUGCAUACUCGUGUCAUUGAGCAUAACAUCCGUGUCAUAGCUGAUUAUUAUACACGAAUUAUGCUCCCGCGACUUACAGCACUGCUUGAUCUCACUCCCCAGCAAACCGAGGAAAUAUUGGCACGUCUAGUUGUCUCUGGCACUAUUUGGGCCCGUAUGGACCGACCGACUGGGAUAAUCAACUUCGAUAGCAAACGUAGGGCGGAAGACGUGAUGAAUGACUGGAGUUCCGACAUGCAAAAAUUGUUAGGUGUGGUGGAGAAGACAUGGAUGGGCAUGAAUGCUGCGCAAGCUGCGCAGUCACGAGUGAAGGAGUAGACUGAUUGAUUUACUUUUUAUAACCUAGCCAUUUCAUCGGGAACGAGAAUAUACUAAAUCAUUGAAACUACAUUAGGAAGCGGGUCGCAAUGAAAGAAAUUAUUCUAGACAAAGUGACUUCUGCGUUAAACCCAUGAAGUCAUGGUUGGUUGAUCCAAGGCUACUUGGGAGUAGCAAUCCUGCUAUGCUUUCGGGCUCCGUAAGCGCAGGGACAUAUGUAGGGCAAAUGCCUCUGCUCCACAAGCCGAUAUAUGCCUGUCCCUUGUCCCAAGACUCGAAUUUUCCCAUGCAGCUUGCAAUGCAAAGUACAGCUUGCCAGCGCUUUCGGGCUACCAUAAUGCUUCGAUUAAGUUCUGCCUUACGGUGGGACGUCUCCAAGUGAUUUUUUUCAUCUUCAAAUGCUCGUUGACUCUCUGACAGUCCCAUUAUUGCACCGUAUGCUUGUGCUUCCAUGACCGCGAAGGCGGAAGUGACUUCGUGCUCAGAACGUAGGGAGCGGAAUUGUGCGAUAGCUCUUGUGUAUGCGUUACUCAGAGAGGUUUUAUUAUGCUUGUAGAGGUUCACCACAAGGGACACAGCAUCCUCAGGAGUAGGGUUUUUCCUUCUUUGACUAAGCCUGGUCCAUUUGUUACCCCUUACUAGAUGCUCCUUUUCUGCUUCUCGGCUUUCAACUAGGGAAGUAGGUCGGAAAGAUUCAAGUGGAUGAUCGCGGAAGAAUUGUCGCCGAACUUCGUCUUUUAAGUAACGGAUUGGGAGUGGGACGUUCUUUGGAGAUCUCAACCUAGCAAAGGGGUGUAUGCUCUGCCGUUGGAGGUAAGAUUGUUUGUCCAGACAUGAAGCCAUCGGGGGUAAAGGGAAAGGAGGAUGGUCCAAAACUGCUUUAUACCACAAGGGCUCUUGUUUGAUGAAACCUGCGCGCAUCAAGCGAGAAGUUUCCUUGUGAACCUGGGAUGCAAUCCUACGAACCAUUGCACCUGCAGAUUUUGUUGACACUGGUAAAAGCAGUUGUAAAAACUACUAAUUAC